CCUUUCUCUCCCACCGACACAACGCUGCCGCAGUAGUCACUGCCCACCUCCGUCCGGGCGUCGAGCGACCCGACACCAAACGAGUGCAGAUUCCAGAGAGUGCAUCUCUAAAGUUUUAACCAACUCUAGUUGCCCGCAUCGAAGUUGAAGUGUAGUUCUUCUACGUCUGAGAAGAGCGUAAUGGGUGUCCUGCAGCAGCCACAUCACGGGAGGAGGUGGUCUGUUGGUCAACUUCCAAGACAGUCUUGGAUUUUGCCGAAAGCGGAGACUUUGCACGUGACAGCAAGAUUCUAUCACUGCCACUGCCGCUCAGUUCUCGGAGUGAACGCGGCGCCAAGCUAGCUCUGUCAGAAUUCAUCCUGUCAAGAACGGACCUGCCACUGUCAUAAAAGCAUAAAAGCGUGUUUGAGCGCGAGCAGCUGCUGGAGUCGUCUUAUCUCUUGUUUUCAAUUGACAUCUCCUCCUUCUCACACGAUGGAUACAGAAAAGACUGGGCUCGAGGACGAAAUCAACACUGCACCGUCCUUCGAUGAGAGUUUGACGGAGCCGGGCAAGCUGUUGGAUGUUACAGUCUGGCGCAAGAUCGAUAUGUGUCUACUGCCCAUCGUCACGACCCUCUUCCUACUCUCAUUUCUCGACCGGACGAACAUCGGAAACGCCCGUGUUGCAGGGCUGCUCGUCGAUCUCGACAUGUCUCCCAGACAGUAUUCGAUAGCACUGACAGUCACUUACGUGCCUUACAUCCUGACUGAGCUUCCAUCGAAUCUUUUGCUGAAGAGGAUCGGCCCGAACGUGAUGCUCCCCACCAUGUUGACCCUCUGGGGGGUGGUCGCGACAUGCCAAGGUCUUGUGAAAUCAUACCGAGGCCUGCUGGCUUGCCGGUUUCUCCUCGGCCUGUUCGAGGGCGGCCUGCUUCCUGGGCUCGUCUUGUACACUUCUCUGUUCUACCCGAAGAACCGACUGCAAAUACGUGUCGCGACCUUCAUCUCUUGUACUUCCAUCUCGGGAGCCUUCAGCGGCAUCAUGGCCUACGGUAUCAUCCGUUUGCACGGCCAAGGAGGACAUGCGGGCUGGCAGUGGAUCUUCAUCAUCGAGGGCUCAAUCAGCGUCUUCGUCGGUCUCAUCUCGUUCUUUUUGAUCCCGCGCUCGCCAGGGCACGCCCGUUUCCUGAAUUCAAAAGAGAAAGCGUACAUUCAAGCCGUUUUGCGGCAAGACAGUGAAGCGGAAGAUGAAACUCAUUUCGAAUGGAGCCAGGUCGGGCGGGCGUUUCUUUCGCCGCACAUCCUCCUGGUCGGCCUCACCGCGUUUUGUGUCGGCGUCGUCCUGUUUUCGCAGGCGUAUUUUACGCCAACGAUCGUGCUGGCGCUCGGCUACACAGCUGCCAAAGCGCAGCUGAUGAGCGUCCCUCCGUUCUCUUUCGCUGUCGUCUUGGCGAUGAUUGCGGCCUACAUCGCCGACAGGUAUCGAUGUCGCGGGAUCGUCUCGCUGGUUGGGUCGAUCUUCUGCAUCGCAGGCUUCGCGUUGUUCCUGAAGUCGAGGAACCACCAUAUCCAAUACGCAUCACUAUUCCUCUCGAACGCUGGAGUAUCCAUCCUCGGCCCCGCUCUGUCAACAUGGACGGCGAACAACACCGCGCCGUAUGUUCGAAGGGCGAGUGGGAUUGCCAUCUGGUGCCUCACGACCAACUCCGGCGGCAUCCUCGCGACAUGGCUCAUGGGUUCACUCUCACCCGCACCGGACUUCACCCUCGCCACGAAAGUGCUCCUGAGCUUGUCGGUGCUGAUGGCUGUUUUCGUCAUCGCCAAUGUCGUCUGGCUGACGCGCACGAAUGCAGAGAAGGCGGAGCGGCGGAGGAAUAUUCCUAGGAGCGAGGAGGCGCCGGGGCUGGGUGAUACAAGUGCCUGGUUCGUGUACAGCUUGUGAUUUGCAAAAAAUCAUAUCGUAUCACGAGUUGCUGUUGCAGUCGUAGUGAGGAAGUGAGCUAGUACUUUGUG